CGUGUUAUAUAUUUUCUAUGAAACAAGUUAGUCAGUCUUGUAAAAAAAAACUUGAUAUAUAUUUCAAUAUAAUUUUUUUUAUAUUGCAAAAAUAUGUUGUUGGAAAUUAAAGAUCAAAAUGAUUUUGAGGGUUCAAGACUUUUCGUUGGACUGUCCAAUUCCACUGGAAUUGCAUUAGAUAAGCUAAAUUUUAUGAUAGUUUAUUUAGUUUCUUUUGUACUCGCUGGUUUUUUAAGAACAUCAUUAAGCAGUGACAAAGUAUCAACAACAACACGUCAUAUUUUUAGUAUUAUUAUUGGAAUAAUUUUCAGUUACUUUUGUUAUGGCAAACAUGCUUUCCACCUGGCAGGAUUUUCAACAUUAAUGUAUACUGUAAUAUUGACUCAAAAUCCAAAAUUUGUACACAUACAGGUUUUCAUCUUAUCUAUGUUUUAUCUUUCUUGUGUUCAUCUCUACAUUCAAUUUGUUAUUAGCUAUGGUACAAAUACUCUUGACGUUACUGGUCCUCUUAUGAUAAUGACCGGAAAAGUGUCAAGUUUAGCAUGCAGUUUACACGAUGGAUUAUCACGUCGUGAAGAAGAAUUAACACCUAUACAAAAAAAGAGACUCGUAAAAGAAAUACCAAGAAUAUUAGAUUAUUAUAGUUAUAUGUUCUCUUUUAUAACUCUUAUGGCAGGACCUAUGACAUUUUAUGAUGAAUAUAAGGACUUUAUUUAUAGUCGUCAAAUUCAGGAGGCACAGAAAAAAAUAAGCGAUAAAGAAUUAAAUUCAACAAUAACUUUUGUGGCAUUGAAAAAGGCUAUUUGCGGUUAUCUUACUAUUAUUGCAGUCUAUCCAGUACUUAAUGUUUAUAAAAUUAAAAAUUUAUCAGAUAACGAAUUUAUGGAAAAAUCAUCAUUUCUAUAUCAACUUUGGUAUAUGAAUAUGUAUGUGAGCAUUCAACGUUUGCAUUAUUAUUAUGCGUGGAUUUUUGCUGAUGCAAUUUGUAAUAAUGCUGGCUAUGGUUUAAAUGGUCUCGAUGAACAUAAUCAACCAAAAAUGGAUCUUUUGACAAAUAUUAAUAUCUGGAAACUUGAGACAGCAACCAACAUGUAUGAAUAUUCGAAAUAUUGGAACUAUGCUACAAUUAGAUGGUUACGAUUUGUCAUUUAUGAUAGGGUAUCAUAUUUAAAAAGAGAAGCAACAUAUUUAACAUCAACCGUUUGGCAUGGUUUUCAAAUUGGUUAUUAUAUUUCUGCAUUUCAUGGAACUUUGUACGUUUACGCUGAACAUUCCUUUCAUAAACACGUUCGUCCACUAUUAUUAGCAUCAGAAGUUUUAAAAAUUUUCUAUAAUUUGCUAACAAUUUUAAUAACAAGAAUUGCAAUUUCAUUUAUUGUUAUUCUCUUUCAACUUCCUUACGAUGAAGAUUCAUGGAUAAACUUUUACAGGGAAUUAUAUUUUCUUCAUAUUAUUGUGACAAUUUUGUCCAUAAUUUUACCACCAAUUCUACUUCCAAUUAAAAAGGAACCUCGAUUUUAUAAUGUCAAAGAGAACAAGAAUGAAAACGAUAAAAAUAAAGUUGAAUGAUAAUAAUUUGUUUAUUUGAAAUUAUAUAUAUAUAUUUUAACUAUAAGAGUUAAUAAUAUACAUUUUUUUUAAAUUUAAUAAUAAUUAUUUCACAUUUAAUGUAGAAUUUAUUUAAUUCAGCAAACAUUUAUAAUUUAUUAUUAAACAAUUAUAAUUAAUGUAAUUUAUUUAUUGACAAAAAA